GUUGCCGUUUCCGAUUUGAUUUCAAAAGGCUCAAGUGAUCGUCGACCCUCCAGAUCUCCAGAUCGGAGAACCUUGGUCUCUCUUGGCAUCGGCCGUUCGGUCGUUCCGUCAGCUCUCUUGCUGCCUCUCUCUCUGGGCCGCCGUCGUUAUCCGGCCGGGAAAAUGGAAGAAUUCGAACAGUGGAAAGAACAAUUUGCUUACUGGUGGCGUCUGGGUUUGGAAUUUCUUCGUCAGAUUCCUCCGGAACAGCUGUAUGCUGCUGCUGCUGUAUUGGCAUUUACAACCAUACUACUUCUGUUGAUUCGUUUAUUUAAACGUGCAAAGUCUAAUACCGUUGUACUUACUGGCUUGAGUGGGAGCGGGAAAACUGUUCUGUUCUAUCAACUUAGGGAUGGCUCUACUCAUCAGGGCACUGUUACGUCAAUGGAACCUAAUGAGGGCACGUUUGUUCUUCAUUCUGACACAACCAAGAAGGGUAAAAUAAAGCCUAUUCAUCUUGUUGAUGUGCCUGGGCAUUCUCGUCUUCGGCCCAAACUGGAUGAAUACUUGCCUAAAGCAGCUGGCAUAGUUUUUGUGGUUGAUGCUUUGGAAUUCUUACCAAACUGCCGUGCUGCAUCAGAGUAUCUGUAUGAUAUUUUGACUAAGGGAAGUGUUGUGAAGAAGAAGAUCCCUUUGCUUAUUCUCUGCAAUAAAACUGACAAAGUCACUGCUCAUUCUAAGGACUUUAUCCGCAGACAGAUGGAGAAGGAGAUUGAUAAAUUACGGGCAUCAAGAAGUGCAAUAUCAGAUGCUGACGUAACUAAUGAGUUUACCCUUGGGGUUGAUGGUGAACCAUUUUCUUUUUCCCAGUGCUAUAACGAAGUUACAACUGCAGAAGCUUCUGGUUUAAAUGGUGAGAUAUCUCAAUUGGAACAGUUUAUCAGAAAAUAUGUGAAACCUUAGCUGGAUAUUUAAUUUCAAUGUAUGAACUGGCGUGGGUUGGUCUGCUUGGUUGUUAGAACUUGGAAGCCUUUCAAUUUUUCUUGUAAUUGGCAAGAAGGAAGGGAAGUAGUAAAGUAGAGGAGGAUAAAAUAGGAGGGAAUAUGGGUAGAGAAAUGUUGGGAUCAAUGAAGAUCCAGCGGAUGGGAACUCCUGGUGUAUGAUCGGAUAUAAUCCCACUGAUUGCACCAUGAUUUGAAUUUGGAUGAUUUAUCUUGUCUAAGUGGCAUUUUGAUC